AAAGCGUGAAAGCCGGUGCUCCUUAUUGGAUCGGCAUUAAAAGUCCAGCGCGAGAAAAGAAGAUUUUAUUGUUGGCGUAGUUUUCUUUUUUUGGAAUUCGAAACUUUCUCAACGUGAAUUGAUUAUGAGUCUCGAACUGAAAUUGCAAGAGAACGGUGAAAACAAGUUACAGCUUCCUGGCGGCGAUCUUCAAGGUUUCGUCUGUUUCACUUGGACCUCAGUUUUCCACAAAUACGUAGACUAUUGCAACUUGAUCAAGAUUCAGGUCACCCUCGAAGGUUACCUGGUGACUAAUCCUUCCAACAAGCUCAGCAGCGGGAAAAAAUUCUACACUUCCGAGAUUUUGUGUAUCCGAGGUAUCUAUGGAGAGAAGCGGUUGGGUGAAGUAUUCCCAAAGCGAUCUUUUGCGUUUCCGUUUAUGGUUAGACCGAAUCACCCGCAGCACAUGAUGCCAUCAUGUCGCUCUGCCAAAAUGUUAAACGUGGUUUAUCGCCUGAAAACACGCGUUACGUUACGUGAUCACGGUCAGCAAAGAUCGCCCGAUGCGGCUUACACUUGCUUCAGCCACCAAUUGCCAUUUAAUAUGACACCAGGAUUGACUCCUAAUCAGGCCACGCUGGAAGCUAUCCAGCGGGCACGUAGUGCGUUCGAGACAAGCGGUGACAAUCACGUCAACAAGGCCGUCACAUUAAAUGAUGCAUUCCAAAUCAGGGCGUCACUUUCAGAUCCAGUGGCUAGUGCUCAAUCGCCCGGUGCGAUCGAAGUUCUGGUCCGUCUAGAUCAGAUUCAUGACACCACCAAGCCCGUUUCAAAAAUCAUUGGUAAACUCAUUCAGGAGUGUACCAUCGAAGAAGGAAUGACCGUGCGUAAAAAGGCGAAAUUAUUUAACAUUCGCCUUGAUGAUGGCCAAUGGCGAGACCGCAAAUGCGAGGAAUUAUCGAUUCCUUUCAAUUUGCCUUCAGGUCUUUUGCCGACCCUCAUCGAAAAGGAUCGCAGCGCCAAAGUCUCAUAUCGUAUCCAGGUGGGCGCUCACGUUGGUAAAAAGGAAGAAUGUUUCGUCACCUUGCCGCUGAUUGUCGUGGCCCAUUAAAUAUGGUGACGUUAGUAUACGAUCUCGUUCUAGAUUAGUAGCUGAUCAACGACGACGUCAUGUGUAAACGUCAUUUCUCAGUCAGACGUACAGACAUUCUCAGGUCACGUCUCGACGCUGCGUGCGUUCAUUUUUUUCCUCUGUUUAUCCCGCAAACAUCUCACGUUUCUCUCGUAUUGUGUUCUUUGCGAUGAAAAAUAACAAAAUGAUCUUUGAUAUCCGUAUUUACAUUUGAACUUUUAGUCAUCGUAUAUUUUACUAUUCACGAUCUAAUUUUGUGUAUACAUCUGGAAUGAACUAGAUUGCAUUGCUCUCGUGAAAAACAAACAAACAACCUUUGAACCGUUUGAAAAUAUUAUGUAUCGCAUCACGUACUUUUGUUAACGCUUAAUAUAAAAUUGAAUC